GAGGGCCGGCGGGGCCUUUCCCCUCUGUAGCCGCUUGUGCCCUCCUUUCCUCGGGGCGAGGACGUGCCGGCAGGGCGAGAGGAACCGAGGAGCUGAGGCAGCGCCGCGCCCCCGCGGGCGCUCCCCGCCGCCGCCGGGCCCCGGGCCCCCGGCUCCGCAUCGCCGCCGCGAUGGACCCCUGCUCCUCGCUCUUCAGCUACGUGUUAAUGCACUUGUUCGUCCUCUGCCUGCAAGCCCAGGUAACUGUUCAGUCCCCACCUAAUUUUACACAGCAUGUGAGGGAGCAGAGCCUGGUGACGGAUCAGCUCAGCCGGCGGCUCGUCCGUACCUACCAGCUGUACAGCCGGACCAGUGGGAAACAUGUGCAGAUCUUGGACAACAAGAAAAUCAAUGCGAUGGCAGAGGAUGGGGAUGUGCACGCCAAGCUUAUCGUGGAGACAGACACCUUUGGGAGCCGUGUGCGCAUCAAGGGGGCAGCCACAGGUUUCUACAUCUGCAUGAACAAGAAGGGGAAGCUGAUUGGCAAGAGCAACGGCAAAGGCAAGGACUGCGUCUUCACGGAGAUUGUCCUGGAGAACAACUACACGGCGCUGCAGAAUGCCAAGUACGAGGGCUGGUACAUGGCCUUCACCCGCAAGGGCCGCCCGCGCAAGGGCUCCAAGACCCGGCAGCACCAGCGGGAGGUGCAUUUCAUGAAGAGGCUUCCCAAGGGCCACCAGACCACCGAGCCCCACAGACGCUUUGAGUUCCUCAACUAUCCCUUCAACCGGAGAAGUAAAAGGACUAGAAACUCCAGCUCCAGGGCGAGCCCUUGAUGUG